AUGAUGAAAGUGACAGACUUUGUAGAUUGGUCAAUUGCUUUCCAAAACAAAUGCAGAGAGCAGUGCUUGGAGAAUUGUUCUUGUAUAGCAUAUGCAUAUGAAACUGGCAUUGGUUGUAUGUCUUGGAUUGAUAAACAAAUUGAUACAAAGCAAUUGUCCAGUUCUGGAGUUGAACUUUACAUUCAUUUGGCCUACUCAGAACUUGAUAAAGUGGGAGAUGUGAAAAAAAAACUGUCACAAUCACUAAUUUACAGGAACAAUUUUCCUUUCCAUCUGGACUUAUUUACUGUGGAGGUGGAUGGCAAAGCAAAAAGAGAAGAAGCACAACCAAAAUUUCUUAGUGACAACCUGGACCAAGUUAAAGGCUAG